UUAUAGCAUCUCCUAGAAUACGCAGCACACAAUGGCUGAUGAAGUUGACUUCACCACUGGAGAUGCCGGUGCUUCUGCCACUUAUCCUAUGCAGUGUUCUGCACUUCGCAAGAAUGGAUUUGUGGUGCUCAAGGGACGUCCCUGCAAGAUUGUGGAAAUGUCAACUUCAAAAACUGGCAAGCAUGGUCAUGCCAAGGUUCAUCUAGUUGGUAUUGAUGUUUUCACUGGCAAAAAAUAUGAAGAUAUAUGCCCUUCUACUCAUAACAUGGAUGUUCCAAAUAUCAAGAGAAAUGACUAUCAACUAAUCUGUAUUCAGGAUGGUUACCUCUCUUUGCUGACAGAAAGUGGUGAAGUUCGUGAGGAUCUGAAAGUGCCAGAAGGUGAACUAGGCAAAGAAAUAGAAGGGAAAUACAAUGCAGGUGAAGAUUUUCAGGUGUCGGUCAUGUGUGCAAUGAGUGAAGAAUGUGCUGUAGCCAUAAAACCUUGCAAAUAGGACCGCCAGGAUGGGAGCAGUUGCUCAGGUCCCAGCAACUGCAAAUCUUAUAUUUUAGUUCUGAUAAUCACCAAAGCUAUAACCUUCACUAGCAACCUCGUGUCUUUGUUUGAAAAUAGUGCUGACCAAUGUUGCAAGCCAUUUGGCAAUAUUAAAAUUGCUGAAGUUCCAAGUGCUUACAGGAAUGGCAAGGCAGUCAAAGCUGUCAUUUUAGAUCAUGAGGUAUUAAACUAGUUUGCUUUGCUCAAAUGAGACUUUGUGUAGCAGUGCCAAUACCAAGGUAGUACUAAGUUUGGAUUUAAGGAAGUGUUCAAGUGCAGCAUUUU